AUGGCAGAGUCACUUGAAGCAUUGAAGAGGAAAAGGGCUGCAUCAAGAGGUUGGUUGACAAGAGCUGUACAGAACCUCCAGGAGGUUUUAAAUGAUAACAACAGUAAUUAUGAGAAGUUAGAUCAAGUUGCUGCUGAAUUUGAUAAGAGGCUAAUAUUGUUGGAUGAGGCGCAGACAGCUGUUGAAGUAGAACUUGUUAAUCCUGAUGAUUUAGAUGCAGACCUUGAUGAAGCAAGUAAUUUUCGCAAAGCUGCAACAAAUGUUAGAUUUGAGGUCACCAUGCGAAUGAAGAGAGCUAAUGAUGGCAGUGACAGUGACAAAGGCUCUGUCUCCAGUAUGAGCACCUCAGAUGCAAAGCUGCCAAAGCUAGAGCUUCCCAAAUAUGAUGGUGAUCUGACCCAAUGGCAGUCAUUUUGGGAUAGAUUUACAGCCUCAAUAGACAGGACUGACAUACCUGUUAUUACUAAGUUCACUUAUUUACAAUCAGUGUUACAAGGAAAAGCAUUGUCUGCCAUCCGAGGAGUAACACUCACUGUUCCAAAUUACAAGGUUGCAUGUGAUAUAUUGAAGAACAGAUUUGGCCGACCUCAAAUAAUCAUAAAUGCACAUAUUCAUGCACUAAUGAAUAUCUCUGUAGCUCCUAAAAUAAGAGGAGCAAAUUAUGUUGAAUCGCUGUGGAAUCUUCUAGACCAGCUCCAUUGGCAUGUAAGAAGUUUGGAGAGCUUUGGCAUUAAUAAUAAACAAUUUGGCGUGGUGUUAACUCCAUUGGUCUUGGGUCGUCUGCCUCAAGAGAUAAGAUUGGAAUGGUCAAGGGAAUCUACAAAUCAUGAAGGUGACCUGGAAUGGCUGCUGACGUUCCUGCAGAAGGAGAUAAGCCGUCGAGAGAGAUCUGAAACUUUCCCGGACGUUGGGAUGGGGAAGCCUGAACGACGAUUUGUGGACUCGGAGAAAAGAAGAGUGGCUUCUGCAUCGGCUCUUCACACCUCAUCUGAAGUAGGAUCUUCUUAUUGUGCUUUCUGCAGCAAGAAACACAAGUCUGAGAAGUGCUGGGAUAUCCUGAAGCUCCCUUUGAAGGAACGUGAAGAAAAAAUCAAAGCUGCCCAUUUGUGUUUCAAGUGUUUGAGUAAGGGGCAUAUUUCCAGUGGUUGUCAAAGCAAGUGUUCUAAGUGUAAUGGCAAUCAUAAUUUUCUUCUGUGUAGAUCAAAGGGCGCAGGAAGCACAGAAAAGGCUAUGGAAAAAAGUGUGAGUGAUCAGAAGGUUAGUGAUAUUGUAGAACCUUCUGAAAAUUGCAGUCCCCAAGUGAAUCAUGUUGGUGUGACUCUUAGCAAGUGUAAUGUGUUGACGAAGACUAGCUGUGUGCUACAGACAGCUAGAGUUAAAGUGUUUGGCGAGUCAGGUGCUUGUUGUGAAGCCACCUUGUUGUUUGAUACAGGCUCUGAUAGAUCUUAUGUGUCCAGUAAUCUUGUGAAGAAAGUUAAGCCCAAGUGGGUGAGCUCAGAACCUGUGUCAUAUGCUGCUUUUGGAGGUAGUAAGUCUCCUCCAGGUAAAACAGAGUAA